UUGACAAUUAAACUUCGACAAGUAAGGGCGUCGUAUUUCUGCUUUUACAAAAAUAAGAAAAUAAAAGAAAAACUUUAUACACAAGUCAUAUUUAUAAAAUAGUCAGUUCCAUAAGGAUAUAUUAUUGGAUAGAAAGCACAAUUAACUGGCUGAACGAUGGUGGAUUAUAGCAAAUGGAAAGAUAUUGAGAUUUCAGACGAUGAAGAUGAUACUCACCCAAACAUUGAUACACCAUCAUUAUUUAGAUGGCGUCAUCAAGCAAGGGUUGAAAGAAUGGAAGAAAGGAGACGUGAGCAAGAGGAGCAUCAGAGGAAAAAGACAGAAACUCGACAAAAAAUGAGAGAAACAGAGGAAAAAAUUAAAAAAUUAGAAAAUGAACAAAAGGAAGCAGAUUUAACCGAACUGAAAAAAAUUUUGCAAGAUCUUGAAAAAGAAGAUUUAAAGAUUAAAGAAAGGGAAGAGGAAAUAAAGAAAAAAGAGAAAUUAACACCUUGGAAUGUUGAUACUAUUGGACAAGAUGGUUUUACAAAAACAGUGAUUAAUAAGAGAUCACCACGUAAGGGAGAUGACAAUGGGUUAUCAGAUGAGGAGAAAGAAAAAAAAAUGAAAGAAUUUGCAAAAGAAAAUGAGAAAAAGUUGAAAGAAUUUGGUAUGCUCGGAAGGUAUGAAGAUAGUAAGAAAUUUUUACAAGAUAAUCCGCAGUUAGUAUGUGAAAAUACUGCAAAUUACUUGGUUAUCUGGUGUAUUAACCUAGAAAUAGAAGAAAAACAUGAUUUAAUGGAACACGUUGCGCAUCAAUGUAUAUGUAUGCAAUAUAUUUUAGAAUUAUCAAAACAACUAGAUGUUGAUCCAAGAGCAUGUGUAGGUUCCUUCUUUAGUCGUAUUCAGAAUGCUGAGUUAGAACAUAGAAAUUCUUUCGAAGAUGAAUUGAGAGCAUUUAAAGAAAGAAUACGUAAGAGAGCUGUUGAAAAAGUAGCAGAUGCCCUUAGAGAAGCUGAGGAAGAGGAGAAAAAAGCGCGUCGAGGUCCAGGUGGUCUUGACCCACUUGAAGUAUUUGAAAGUCUACCAGAGCCCCUACAAAAAUGCUUUGAAACCCAAGAUCAUGCUUUAUUGCAAGAAACGUUAGCAGUGAUGCCACGAAAAGAAGCAUUCUAUCACAUGAAACGAUGUGUUGAUAGUGGUCUUUGGUUACCAGAUGCAAUAGCUAAAGAAUUGAUAGAGGCAGGAGUAACUGCGGAUGAUGCAGAGGCUAAAGAAUUGAUAGAGGGAGAAGUAGCUGCAGACAAUGCAGAAGCUAAAGAUUUGAUACAGGAAGGAGUAACUGCGGACGAUGUAGAAGAAACCUCGGCGGCCAAUCCUGAAUAACGCGUGUCUGUAAAUUACAUAUGUUGACUUUCAUGACUCAUUUAUGCAAGUAUAUAUAUAUAUAUAUAUAUAUAUAUAUAUAUAUAUGUAUAUAUAUAUAUUCUUUAGUAUCCAGAAUAUGUUAUAAUAAAAUAUUGUCAUUAGGCAAUGAAUACAACAUUCUUAUCUUCGUUGUCUUUUUCUUAUUAUAAUAAUAUUAUACUAUGGUUAUGCCUUGAAUUACUUUAAGACUGAAUUGUCACAUAAUUUCAAGUUAUUAUAGGAGGUGUGAAUAUUACAAUUUAUUAAUUAAACAUGAUAAUUAUCUAGUAAAACGUGAUGCACUUUAUCAUAUAUUUAAAUUGAAUAAUUAAAAGUUACUUCUGAUAUGAAUAUUUACAAAUAUUAAUAUUUAUAUGUACUAAUACAUGUAGAAUGCAUAUAUACACGUGUGUAUAUAUAUAUAUAUAUGUGUGUGUGUGUGUAUGUAUACAUACAAAUCAUAAUUUGUUGCGUUACUUAAAUAUUUUUGAUCUUUUUCUUGGAAUUAUGUCAUAUGUACAUUGAAAACUGUAAACAACCUAAAGUUGUAAUGUAAAUAAAGAAAAUACAUUUCA